AACAGAAUACAGUAGUGUCUGCAGUGCGGCGCGGACUGCGUGACUCGCGCGAGCACGACGGCACACGACGAGUGCGUAGUUACACGAAUCGAGUCGGUCUCUAUUAAUAACAAAUAAUACGGAGUGCAUCUCUCUUUUUACGCGCUGCGCGGACUCUGCAGAGCCCCCGCAUACAUGUAACGUUUCGUGUCGGUGCGCAAAGUGCGUCACGUUGUGCGUGCAUGAAAACGGGUCCAAUAUCGGACAUAACCUAUGCACGCAGGGAUUAGUGCGCGAUUCUCUCCGCGAUACACUGACUGACUCUGCGCCUCUGCGGGGCCGCUUUUGAAUUGCGCCAGAUUUGGCCUAUCCGUGUGUAUGUGUAGUAGCGUGUAUGUGCGCGCCGUGCACGCGUGCCCGUAGUCGAGAACCGGAGCUGCUAUUUUCGCUCCAACACGCCGCCGCUGCUGCUGCUGCUACUGCAUUUUUCGACUAAAUGCAGCGAUGCGCUCUCUCGCAACGUAUACGAGUCUAAAUGGUCGUUCUAGUGUUGUGUUGCCUCCUUGCACAAGUCCAUUAAUAGAUAUAUAUUGAAAUAAAUUUGUGAUAGCCCCGGUGCGAUUUCGUGGGCGCGCGCGCGUGUGUGUGCGUGUGUAUACAUAUAGCCACUGACGACGACUUUCUUUGCUUCUGCACGCAAUUUCGGGGGACCGUUGGACACCGAAGAGAGAGAGAGAGAGAGAGAGAGAUAAAAGAAGUUAUUUUCGUGAAGAAAUGUUAACAUAACUCAACCACCAUGUCUCGAAGUUUGCCGGAGAGAGUAGCAGGGCUAUACUAUUCUUAUGGUUUGUUUUGCUCCUCUCAUCCCGUUUCAGUUAUUUCAAUUACUAUUUCUAUUGCCUUGCUAUGUUGUUAUCCCUUGGUAAAUUUGCCUAUGCCUGGAGUCGCUCCGACAUAUGUGCUAAAUGAUUCUAUCAACUCAAUAAAUAGUUCCGACAGUUCUGCAUUCUACGUUCAGCAAAUAACUCUCCGAUCUGCAGUUGUGCCAUGGGAUACAAAAUUAUCUUUAUCUGAUGCAUUCAGAGGACCACUUUAUGAAGUUUUCAACUUGUUAGAAAUCAUUCAAAAUUAUGAAGACCCUAUCAGUGGUAAAUCAUUGAGUCAAUUCUGUUUACCUGUAGAAGCACUUAAAAAGAAAAGUGUUAAAGUAUCAGAAGUACUGCCUGAGUACAGUUGCUUAAUUUUAUCGCCAGCUGAUUUUUGGCAUCGCAGUGUUGAAGAAUUUAACCAAGAUACAAACAUAAUAAAUACCAUUUUUUCGUAUCAGACUCUACAAAAAGGCAAAACUAGUACAGCGGAAUUACUACUGGGUAUGAAUGUAAAGGAAACGGGCUUCAAGCGACAUCCUAUUCGAAUUCGUCAAAGAGUUUUGCAGUACUCAGUGACAAUAUUUUUGAAAGAUUAUGAUCCAAUAUUUAUUAAGGGAUUAAAAGAAAAACUUAAAAUAAUUUACCCAUUACAUCAACAAGAAGAUGAAUCAUAUAAAAUUUCAACAGAUGAAAUUUUUCAUAUUUACUAUCCUGGCGAAUUCAAUUACAGUGAUUUAUUUCCACUUACCAUGACAUUUAUUGCCAUAUUUUUUUAUAUAUAUUUUUCAGUACGAAAAAUAGAAUUAAUUAAAUCCAAAAGUGGAAUAGCAUUCAGUGCUGUGGCAACAGUUAUAUUAUCACUACUUAUGACCAUGGGUGCAUGUUUCUUUUUUGGACUAACGUUGAGUUUGAGUGGAAAAGAUAUAUUUCCUUACCUAGUGGUUAUCGUGGGAUUGGAAAAUGUUUUAGUGUUAACUAAAAGUAUUGUCAGUACUCCUGCUCACUUAGAUAUGAAAAUUCGAGUUGCACAAGGAUUAUCAAAAGAAGGGUGGUCUAUUACUAAAAAUUUGUUGAUAGAACUUACGAUUCUCACUAUUGGUUUGCUUACUUUUGUACCAGCUAUUCAAGAAUUUUGUAUUUUCGCUAUUGUUGGACUUCUCAGUGAUUUCUUUUUGCAAAUAUUUUUAUUCUCAACCACUUUAGCAGUUGAUAUGUGUAGAAAAGAAAUGUCCCAAGAAAGUUCAAAGUUCCACUUACAAAAUGCACCACCAUUGAGAAAACAGCAAUUUGUAACAACAAUUCCUAAUAAAAAACCACAGAUAUUUAGAUCAAAAUCUCAUCCGAGAUUAAAUGGACUGAUUCCUUCAAAAGGUCCUACAAAUGUUAUCGCACCUAACAAUCAGAACACUCUAACAUUAGUAAAAAUUCCAAAGCGUUUAAGACUUGUCCAUUUCUGGGCCAAAACAAGAAUUUUCCAAAGAGCUUUCAUGGUAUGGAUGGUUGUGUGGAUCAGUAUGAUAAUAUAUAAUUCUGGAAUUAUCGAACACAUGGUUCAUCUGGGAGAAACUUUGAAACCAGUUACAGAAGUAGAAAGGUAUUCAGUUAGUCCUCCAGUUACUGAAAGUAGUCCAGUGAAAGUAAAUAUAAUGAAACAAAAUUCAAAUUCAGAAAAAGUUGAUAAAUUUGUCAAUAGAAAUCAGCAGCAGAUGCCGGUUUCCAACAAUCUAACAGAAGAAAUAAAUCGUCUUCGACCUGUUGAUUUUCCACCGUGGAAUCGUCUUUCGCUCUAUCAUUGGUCCACAGUACUUUCAGCUUAUAAUUUUUCCACUGCUGGAGAGCAAGUAAUUAUCUUGCCCACUAUCAAAUUAGCUCAUGCUGUAAGGCCUCAAGAUGUGGUCAUGAUCAGUAAUCCGAACGACGUGCAACAAUUCCAUUGGCAAAGUUUAGCUAGCGCUGCUCUCGAUCCGCUUGAUUUUUCCGAUAUGGAAGUACCAAUUCGAUCUGAAGGUCGAGGCUUCAUUACUAACGCUCCCCUGGUCCCGACCAGUCCCAUGGAAAUCUUUUUAACGGCCAUACUGUGUUUUAUCAGUGUAAUUGUUGUAGUUUAUACAAUGGUUGUGCUUUAUCGAUGCAUUUGCACACGCAAUUAUGCAGAGUGGCGAGCUAGUUGGUCAUCUACUCAAAACAAAACGAAUUACGAUUCUGCAACUCAACUUGUACUUGAAUCAGUACCACUUGUUCUCGAGGGUCACAUUCAAGAAGUGGAAUGCAUAUCGACUGACGGCAAUACCGUUGCUAGCACUUGUCUUGCUGGACACAUUAGAAUAUGGGACUCUUUAUCUGGAGAACAACUAACUUGUAUUGAUAGAAAAAAGUUUUUCAAUAGCAGAGAUUCACCUAAAGAACGGGAUGAUACAAUGUCAGACUACGAAAGUGGAUCGCCUCCAUCACGGGGAGAGCUGGAAAAUUCAAAUUCAAUGGGAUUAUACUCAAGCCUGGUAAAAAUAAAAAAUGAACAAUCUUCGCCAUCCGCAGCUAAUUCAGUACCAAAUCAUCAAAACGAUACGAGUUACCGAAGUACUGAUAAUUUGUCUAUGAACCAUAAUAUGAGUAAUGAUUAUGAUUACCAAAUUGGCGAGAAAUUGACACCUAUAUCACCCACCAGUUCUAUCUUUCGUCAAAGUUUUGAUCACACCGACGAUCUCCCUGAUUUACGAGCUAAAAUCAAUACAAAAUUUACGUCAUCUCCAUUUCCUUCCGGUGCAUCUAAACAAUUCAGCUAUGAAGACGGUUUUGAUUUUGGAGAACAAUAUAAACAGCUUUACGAAGAACACAGUAAGCGUCGUGCCUUUGAUUAUCAAGAUAAAGCAGCGUGUAAUGAUGAAAAUUUUGGAAAUACAUUGAAAUUUUCAACUGGUGCAACAACAACUGAGAAUUCAAUAAACACUGAUGGAAAUGCAGAACAAAAUGAAGUUUCAUCGAUUUGGUGCAUGGACUAUCAAGAAAACUUGAUCGCUAUCGGCUGUGCGAAUGGUAGUAUAGAAUUUUGGGAAGGCACAACUGGAAAAUUCAAGUGCGUUUUUGACGACGGAUCAGGACUGGGCAUAUCGGCAGUAAAAUUUGUUGGUAGCCGAGUGGUAGUAGCUAAACUUAAUGGUACCUUGGAUUUUCUCCAGUUAGAAAGUUACAGCGAAGGCCAACAAAUAGAUUGGGGGUUCACGUCUUAUCGAAGAACACACGUAAGAACUGGUAGUGCAGGAUCACCGAUGGACUUUAGUAAUAUCAUGCAAUCAGAGGAAGACCUUCGAUGUCUAAAAAUCGGUACUCAUCGGGCUCAUCAACAAGCCAUUACAGUGUUAGAUAGCGAAGGCGGACGUGUUUUAACUGGAAGUCAAGAUCACACUCUGAAAGUUUAUAGGCUGGAAGAUCAAUUGCCUCUUUAUACUUUGCACGGUCAUUGUGGGCCCAUUUCUUGUCUCUUUAUUGACAGAAUGAGCCCAAUGACAUCUGGAAGUGGGUCCCAAGAUGGUUUACUGUGCGUCUGGGAUUUAUCGACAGGUACAUGUAUGUAUAGCAUACAGGCACACGAUGGUGCUGUUGCCGCCGUCACCUGUUCGGCCUCGUACGUUAUAAGUAUAGGGGCUGACGAAAAGUUGUGCGUUUGGGAGCGUUUCCAAGGCCAUUUACUGCACGCCCUUCCAGCUCAUAAAGCCGCCUAUAGUUUGCAGUUGGUUAUGCUGACACAUCAUUUACUCAUCACCAGUAGUCAGGGAUCGCUUAUCGUUUGGGAUGUAAGAAUUGGUGAACCCAUCAGGGAAGUGAGAUUAGGUCAUAAGGAUAGUUGUACGUUCAUAAAACAAAUGAUUCCACUCCGAGAUAGCAUUGUUUGUGAUUUUGGACGUCAACUAAGAAUAGUUAGGUUCCCUCUAGUUUCAGAUAAAUUAGACUAAAUUGCUUUAUCGAUAAUUAAAGUUUAAGAGAAUGCGUAGUAAAGCUUUUUUUGAGAUUUUUUAUUUAUUGAAUUAUUUUCAAAGAGGAUAAUUUUAAUAUUGUGCCCAAAAAAUUACAAUCAUGAAAUAUGUCAUUCUCGGUUUUGUCGCAAGUGACAAUUUUAUGUUACCUUAGAUAAUUUUACUGUGACCCCAUGUAAUAUAUAAUUUAUUGUUGUAAAUAACUUCAUAACAUUCUUAAAUAGAUGAAACAUGUAAGUUAGAAAUGUGAAUUGUAGAAUAAUGAUUAUAUUAAGUGUUUUUACUACUAAAUGUUUAAUAAUGACGUGAGGCAUCAGCGCUUAAGCUUUAUGUGUGACAGAAUCUGACCACUUGUUUAAUAUGCAAUUUUUUCGAUAUUAGCUUUAUUAAUGCUUUGUUUCGUCGUUACCAAUAAUAAGAAUAAAAAAAUUUUGCAAGACUUUUUUUUAUUUUUCAUCAAUUAGUCAAUUGUUGCUGCUAUUUUCUUACUAAAAAAUAGUGGUAAAAUAAACAUGCGACUGACUACGAUGAUGAAAAAUGUACAUAAAGAAAUAUUCUAUCAGCAUGACUGAUAAAUUGUCUGAAGGUUUUAUGCAACUUAACAUGUUUGUAAAUAGCAACAUUAUGGAAGGCUAGUGCGUCUUAAGAUAAUUUUUAAUUGUGUGAUUAAUACAUUAAUCUGAUUUCUUCACAUAUGUACGAAAGGAAAAAAAAUUAUUGUAAUUAAAUCAAAGAGUAAAAUUGACCCGUUGCUGAAUGGUAAUGAGAGAUAAACCAGCAUGAAAGCUUUCGUAAGUUUUACAUUAAAUCAAGUGUAAAUAAACAAUUGUAAAUAAGUUAUAUUUUUACAGUACGUCACAU